AUGGCCGCAUCCUCAGCCCUGCAGCCCUGGGCCUUUGAUGUAAGCUCGCUCAUGGUCCUCAUCGGCGAAGAUGAAGAACGGACGUAUCGACUGAGCCGGCGAUCCCUAUCGCAAUGCCUCGUCGCGGUCCCAGUCGUUGGACUCCAAAACUACGUCAGGUCCUACGACCUUUUGCUCGAGCCGACUUCGUUUACCUAUUUCUCGCCGUACGGUGUUAAGAGCGCGCCGCUGCGUAACGCCCAGCUAUCCAACGCUAUCAAGAAUGGAAGAUUACUUGAAGACCAAAGAUACACUGUGUUCAGUAUACCCCCCAAUUCCGAAUCCAAAGAAGGGCGCGGGAAAACGAAUAAAAAGUGGGAGCUUGUGCUGCAUCUCUGGGCCGCGACUACAUGGGCCCUUUUUGGAGGCCUGCUUGUAGGCACGGUUCUCAUCCCCGGAAUGACUUGGAUCUCAAUCGCCACCUGUACUGUCUAUACGGGAUGGUCUAUCGUUCUUCGACUUACAGAAUACUUCAACGUACGACCUGCGCCGGUUCCGCGAAAUGUGGUCACGAACCCGGACCUGCCGGAAGCUGUCUUCAUCAUGGGUCGCAACAACUCCGCCCUUGUGUUAGAGGGCAAUCGCAAAGAUGUCAAAGACUGGACGAGCCGCGGUCUAGUGUAUAGUGACCAGCCUCUUGGAAUUCCGUCAUGGAUGUGGCAGGCAUUCACACGACUUGGUAGCCUUUUAGUGCUGCUAUUCAUCUUCUCCGCUAUCCCAAAUGGGAGCACCGUAGACCAAGUUGGUUUCAUCCUGCUGAACAGCUUAGCACAGGCGAACGUGCUCGUCGGCCAGUGGCUCAAUGGCGAAUACUCCCUCUCAAAGCUCCAGAAAGUCGAGGACACCAGGUUACAGACUAGAACACAUAUUUAUGCAAAUCUUAUCAGGCGCUUCAAAGACGCGGAGCAAAGAUUCAGUUGGAUAGACGUAUCUGGUUUACUGCCAAAAACUUCGGCUUGGGAGAAGUGGAGUGUUGAGGUUGUGUGUGAAGAAAACAAAGACCCGAAAACCUUGUAUAAAGAAAUAGUGCGCAGUAUAGACGGGUCAUCUACUGAAGAGACCGAUCCCGAUGCGACGGUUAUCAAAGGCGACCAACGAAUCCACUCUCCGGCGCCCGUGAGCAAAAGUCGGGCACGAAUCCGCGGCAAAAUUUUCAACGGUCCCGUAUCACUACAGGAAGAAACGAGCUGA